AUGGGGUAUAAUAUUGCAAUGAUCAGUGACUUCUUUUACCCUCAGCCUGGGGGUGUGGAAUUUCAUGUGUAUCAUUUAUCUCAAAAACUAAUAGAUAUGGGUCAUUCAGUCAUAAUCAUUACUCAUGACUAUGGGUCAAGAAAUGGAAUACGAACUUUAACUAAUGGAUUGAAAGUAUAUUAUGUUCCUUUUUAUGUUGUUUACAGAAGUUCAGCUAUUCCAACUGUAUUUCUGAUAUUGCCAAUAAUACGAAAUAUUUUUAUCCGGGAGCAGAUUGAUAUUGUACAUGGACAUGGAUCAUUAUCAACUAUUUGUGGUGAAGCAAUUCUUCAUGCACGUACAAUGGGAUUAAAGACCGUGUUCACGGAUCAUUCUUUGUACGGAUUUGCAAACAUUACAUCAGUUGUGGGGAAUAAAUUGUUAAAAUUUACAUUAAGUGACGUGGGACAUGUUAUCUGUGUGUCACAUACAUGUAAAGAGAACACCGUAUUACGAGCAUCUUUAGAUCCUUUAAAUGUCUCAGUAAUACCUAAUGCUGUUAUUGCAAAAGACUUUUCACCGUUAGAACCAGAAAAGAAAUCGUUAAGAAAGAAUAUUACAAUUGUGGUGAUAUCUAGAUUGUUCCCAAAUAAGGGUGCUGAUCUCCUAACUGCAAUUAUUCCUACUAUUUGUGCACAGAAACCAGAAGUAAGGUUUUUGAUUGCAGGGGAUGGACCAAAGUUUCUUGAUUUGGAACAAAUGCGUGAAAAGUAUUACUUACAAGAAAGAGUUACGUUAAUCGGAGCCGUAAAGCAUGAGGAAGUUAGAGACGUAAUGGUACAAGGCGAUAUAUACUUACAUCCUUCUCUAACUGAAGCGUUUGGUACUGUGAUUGUGGAAGCUGCUUCAUGUGGGUUGUUUGUAGUUACUACGAAAGUUGGUGGAAUACCUGAAGUUUUGCCUAGCCAUAUGACAAGCUUUGCUGAUCCCGAGGAAAAUUCUUUGGUUUCAGCAACAUUAAAGGCAGUGAACUUGAUUGAAUCUGGUGAUAUUGACACAUCGACGUUUUUUGAUGAGGUAUCAAGAAUGUAUAGUUGGAAGAAUAUCGCAUGUAGAACUGAAAAUGUUUACAAUUCUUUAGAUUUAAAAAAAUUAAAUCAGCCAUUGGUACAAAGAUUACAGAAAUAUCAUUGCUGUGGUUUAAUUGCUGGUAAAUUGUUUGUCUUGUGUGUUGUCUUGGAUAUUGUAUUUUAUUUAAUGUUGGAAUACUUUUAUCCAGCCGAUCAUAUUGAUAAAGCAACAAAAUGGCCCAAAAAGACUAAGGAAGUGAGCUCGUACGAUAAAGAAAUAACUGAUACAAGGGCAGCUGAUUACUGUAAAUAA